AUGGAUACCACAACUAAUAUCAAUAGGUUGCGGGCUCAGUUCUUUUGGGAGUGCCCGGAAAAGGACUUAAUGAGACGCAUAAUCAAGCCUUACACAAUAGAUAAGGAACAAAUGUUCAAGAUCAAUCAAAAGAAUUACGAUCAGCUCAAUGGCAAAAUCAAAAGGGUAUAUAUUGCACCAAAUGGAGAGGAUAUCUUGCAGGAUUUGGAGUCUCCUCCUAUUUCUGAGAGCUAUAUGGAGAAUUACAAAGGUAGCAGUACUAGAACACAAUCAAAAAAGGGUAAAACAGGGGUGAAAAAAUCCAUGUCUGCUCACAAUAAUAUUCAAUCGGAGUCAAAAGAUAACGAGCAGUACGGGAAGACCAAUUCAGUUGAAUCUACACUGAAAGUUGAGAACGUACCGUGGAAAGUUGAAAACGACGCGAAGCUGCAAGAAGAUGUGCCUACUUUACAUGGAUUUAGAAACGGCGGUAGCUUGGAUUUCCAUGGCUCCAGCAUUAAAGCUGAGAGUUCAGAUUCAGACUCUAAUGAUGUCAAAAAGAAGACUGGUAGGAAGUUGCCUUUUUCUAGAAUAUUUAAGGGCAGAAAGGAUAGCGAUGAUACUUUAAAGAAAGCUACCGAUAAGAAGAAAGCACGCCUUACAAAUCGCAACAAGAAACAUAUCGCAUUUGACAUGAACUUUGAUUAUGACAAAAAUUUGGAUGAGGACGAUGAUGACGACGAAGACGAUGAUGGUGAAGGGUUACAAUCAGCCUUUUUCAAACUUGACUCUGAGCAAAGUAAGUCCGAUGGUCAAAAUGCUGCAAAUGAUAAGGAUAAUCAGUUUGAUUUAGAGGCAAGUAGUAACAGCCUUAUAACUACAAAUACAAACGGAAAUUCGAAUGGCAACAACAACAACAACAACAAUAUCAAUAACAAUGUCACUUUUGGUACCAACACUAAUAGUAAUCACAAUAACAACAGCAAUAAUAACAACGGUAAUAGCACUAAUAAUGCCAAUAACAGUGCAAAUGUUAACCUUAGGAAGAAAAAUCAUUUCCCUCAAAAUAUUAUUCCAAGGAAUCCGCUACUGGAUAGCACAAAAAAUAACAGUUUCAAAUCAGAACGACUGGCAAAAGGAAGCAAUCAUGACGAUUCUAUAUCAAAUAUAAGCAAAAAGAGAACAGCAGGCCAAGAUGAAUAUAUUUCUGACAUGGAAUCCCUGAUCAAUGAAAAAGAUCUGGACAGACUUGAUCUGGACAAUGUACCUUCUAACACAGAGAGGAGCUCUUCCUCAAAGCAGUUGGAAGCAAUAGACGCAAGCAAUGAUGAUAUUUCCAAUGGGGAGCAGAUUAUUCUGAAUGAGGAGCAAGAUUCGGACAGUAUAUCAUCUUAUGGUAGAUCUUUACUGGAUUCUGACUUUAGCACUGAAAAUGAUCUUAACAAAGAAGGAACGUCCGGCUUAGAAAGUGUGUCUAUGUUGGAUAGUUCAGAUGUUAUGCCAGGAACAAUUUCACAUUCUAUACCAAAAACGUUAGGUGACUAUGGAUUAUAUCAUGGACAGGACGAUUCAACUAUAGAUGAUGCGUUUGAUAGCGCAGUUCAGAAAAUCAAAUCCUCAGAUAAGAUAUCACCUUCAAAGGAAAAAAGGUCCUCCAACCAGUCAGUACCACAUAGCCUUCUGAAUCGCAGGCUGUCAAGCAAUUCCAAUACGGGAGGAGGUAAAACAAGGAGCCACACCAGAUCUUCAUCAUCUGCGAGUGCGAACAAUGGAAAAUUAAAAAGUGACUCAAAUAAACAACACAUUGCGAUUAGUUCAAAGCAAGAAAGACCGUCUGUUACAUCUAUUCGUUCUGAAGUGAAAAUGAAUUCAUUGAUAAUACACAAAAUUAGUGAUUUCAAAAGGCCUACCACAAGUGAUUCUCAACUUUCUUCGUUGUUUAACAGGAGAAAGCUCGAUCCUGAAAAUCCUACGGAUGUGUUGGAAUAUUUUUCAUUUGUCUCUGGAAGCAAAGUUCCCAAAUAUGAGGCAGAAAAGUUGAACGUCUAUAUAGAAGGAUCAAGAAAAUAUAAACAUGUUCCGUUCAAACUUAAUGUCAGAAAGUCGGCAACUGUUUUUGAAACAAUAGGGUAUGUUCUGUACAUGUAUUCACGAGAGCACAAAAAUGAUGAUGCUAAAGAUGAUGGUCUACCAAUUGCUAUGCUUCAAAAUCCAAAUAAAUUCUGUCUCAAAAUUGUAGACGAAGAUGGUGAACCCUUCGAAGACAAUUUUGGUAAACUUAAUCGAAGCAAACUUAUCAAGCAACUAUCGGAUGAUGAAGUUGUUUUAUGCACUGUGGAUCAAAAGGAGAUGGAUGAAAAUGACAAAGAGACUCCUCUGCCUUAUAAUUUGGCAGGUGAGAUACUAAACAAGACAGACACCUCAGCAUCGAAAGAUGACGUGUCAUCAUCUAGAAUUAAUCAAUUGAGUUAUUAUAGACCAAUUUUAGGAAACGAUGACGAUGCCAAUCAAACAAAAAAUACAAAGGUCAUAGAUGUAAAAGUCUUUAUGUAUCCCAGCACUAACAAACAGUUCAAUUUUACUACCAUUAGUGUCCUCAUCACUUCCAGUAUCAAUGAUAUUCUCGUGAAAUACUGCAAGAUGAAAAGUGUGGAUCCCAAUGACUACAUUUUGAAGUUGCCUGGUUCAAAAUUGGCAUAUAACUUAAAUGAUACUGUUUUAAGACUUGACGCCAAUAAUGAGGUUGAAAUAAUAUCCAAAAGGGAUGCAAGAAAAUUGAAAGUGCAAAAAGCAAUGCCUGAUAUUGCGAAACCCACACUGCCAACUAUUCAGAGUAAUGACUUGACACCUCUUACAUUAGAGCCGCUUAACGCAUACUUGCAACCAGUAGAUGGUGAGAAGCAGCAGAAUGUUGUCAAGGAAUCAAAGCCGCCAAGUAAACUAAAGAAACUAGGGUCCAAACAUAGGUUAGGGCUGACUACUCAGAUAUCAGGCUCGAGCAACACGAGUGGCGUAAAUACUCCAAGUGGAUUUUUCAAAAACAAGAACUCAUCCAAAUCAUCUCUUCAUGGAUCUCUACAGUAUUAUACACCCAAUAGAUCAUCUUUAAACGUCAUCGGCAAUGGUACUGGUACAUAUCAGGAUUUGUUCUCUGGCGCAUACCAUAAAUACAAGGUCUGGAGGAGACAACAAAUGUCCUUGAUGAAUAAGCACGAAAGGGCUUUGGCAUUGGAUGGAGACUAUAUAUAUAUCGUUCCUCCCGAAAAACAAUUGCAUUGGCAUGAAAAUGUCAAAACCAAAUCGAUACAUAUAAGUCAGGUUGUCUUGAUAAAAAGAUCAAAAAGAGUUCCUGAGUACUUUAAACUAUUCUUUAAAAAGGGCCAACAUGAAAUGAAAAGGUAUUAUUUUGAAGCAGUGUCACCAGAGGAGUGCAACGAGAUUGUCUCAAGGAUUCAGAGUUCUGUGAGUGCAUACAGGAUGAAUCACAAAUAG